AUGGAGCUCACAGCAGAGGACUGCGCCUGGCGCGACGCGCGGCAUGGAGGGCGCCCAGUGAGGGAGUCCGAGUUCCUGUCUCAUGGAGCGAGUGCCUUGGAGGUGACGCAAGUGGGUAAAGAGACGGAAGACUUCCUGAGCAUGGAAUCCAUGAUCUGGCUGAAGAUGCAAUCAGAGAAUGGCUUCCGGAAGGUGGCAAGGCUUCUGGUCCACUGCAAACCUGGUGAUCAUAUGGACUUCAAAGUCAGCAUGUUUGACAAGAGUGACAUGGAGCAUGUGGGCGGUGAGCUGGGCGACCAUUUGAGCUUCUUCUCUUCCAAGCUCGCUGUGAAGACAAAGACUGAUGACAACUUUCAGGCGCCUGGAACGUGGGUCGGCCUGGGUGGCAGUGAAGCUGCGGCAGCAUAUUUGAACUCUAAGAUGCAAGCCACUGCGGCGUCCUUGAUCAGCACGACCUGCAGUGAAGCUGAAGAGCAAGAAGCAGAGAAGAUCUGCGGCAAACACCUUCAGAAGGAUGAUGGCAAUCACCCAGAGAUCUUUGGCGACUGUGUCUUUGAUAUUUGUCAUGGAGCUGGUGGGGAAGAAGUGGCGCAGAGCGCAAAAGCCUUCAUCGCAGCCUAG